AUGUCUCGAAGUCGAUCCAAAUCAUCACAUGUUCAUCACGUUGAAAAUAUUGAACUGAUAGACGAGAGAAUUCAUACACAACCAUUGAUAAUAUCCACAAAUCAUAAUAAUCAUGACAAUAGUUUUUCUACAUUUAAUAUUUCUCCUGCUGGACAAUCUCCGUUCCGAGAGUCCAACAUUCAUGAGAGGAACAACACCACGAGAAAUAGAUCCUCAUCUAUAACCACACGUCGAAAUCAGUCACAUCAUUUUGCUUCCAUCAUAUCGGAAUCCAAUCACACACCACCUCUAUCCACCACACCCCCUCUAGACUCUUCUUCACCUUCCUCGCAACAACAUUACUUUUUAAAUUCUGUUUUAAAUCUACCUUCCUCGACCAUGAUCAUGACAACAACAACGACGAUGGUGGGCACACUUCCGACCAAUCUUCAUUGGGAGAAUUUUCGAAAUUUAAUUCCCAAUGAUUGUCUACUCAACAUAGCAAGUUUUUUGGACGACUCAUUCACUCUUGCUUCACUACCUCAUACAUGUUCCAUGUGGUUCCAUUAUCUCAAUAAUCAACCUUUGUUCUAUUCUCAACUGUAUUCGAUCAAAAUUCGUGAAUUACGUGAAUUCUAUCUGAAAGAUUUUGAUUUACAAGUUCAGGAGAGGGUUUGCCGUCGACGUUUGAAAGCAAUCAUGGCCUUACAACAGCAGCAACAACAACCUCAACAACCUCAGCAACCUCAACAUCCUCCCUCUCCCAUUGAGUUACUCACUUCCAACCACCACAACAAUAAUGAAAUCGUAGAACGAGAAUUUCGUUCAAGCCUCACUUCUGAACACGUUCAUGAAGACAUGCUUGUCAUGAGUGAAGGAGAAUGGGAAGUUUUAAAUACUCACUCAUCAGCACUCUCUGAGAAUGGAUCCUCAACAGCCUCCAUGACCUCAGCCAACUCGGCCUUUUUAGAUUUGAACGCAUUUCAUAUGGAUCCAACGAAUCUCAUUCCUCCUUCUGUGUUUCGAAAAGUCAAAUUAUUGAACAUGGAAAAUGUAUUGAAUCAUACCACUACUUCACCGAUCAUUACGAGUAGUAGUAGUAGUAGCAGUCGUAGAAAUAGUCAGUAUCAUCAUGAUGAGACUCAUCAAGCCUUCAACUCUAAUUCUCCUUAUUUCUGGUCCUCUACAAAAUCGUCUUUUCCUACACAACAUGUUGGUUCUUCCUCGAGCCAUCAUCAUACUCGUCAAGCUCAUCAUUCAUUUCAUAUAUUCGAAAAAGACUGCUAUCUCGAACUCUUACGUAUGGAAUAUUUGGUUCGGCAGCACGGAAGGGACAUUCUCAGCAAGACCAAACGAAAUUCUCAUAAACCUGAACGACCUGCUGUUCCAUUGCCAGAACAACUCUUGUUGGAAACAUUGGACGCUCGGUUACGAUGGCACUUCUUUCUUGCCAUGCCCAUCACGUGUGCCUUAUGGACAUUCUUUGUAUUAUUAAUUGCCAUUAAGGGAAUAUUAAUGAACAUGGGAGCGGAUUAUGAAAGUGAAUGGAAUUGGUGUUUAGUGUUUGUACCAUUCUAUUUGGCCAUGAUCAUGUUAUUGAUCUAUUCCAUCAUAGAUACCCGAUUAUCCAUGAAAAAGUAUUGGAUCAUUCAUCAUCAAGUGAAAGAUACGAAACGAAAGCAAAAGGCGAGAAUUGUAUUGAAAUUCCGAAAACAUUUUUUUGAUAAUUUCAUGACCUCCAUUCUCAAAGUGAUCAUGUCUGUAUUGGCAUUUGUAUUGGGAUUGGCUUGGAAUGCAUAUUUAUCCUUACCUCAUACCUCAUUUGGUCAAAAUGGAUGGUAUCUCUUUAUCAUCUUUGUGAGUGAAAUGGUGCUCCUCAUGAUUUAUGCUCUCUGCUGGUUUGUGAUUCGACAACAAAGAUAUGGUUCACUCAUUAGUCUUGGAUGUUCCCUGUGCAAUGGUAUUUCACUUCUCUUACUCUGUUUUUAUGUGAUUUUAUGUGCUGCUCUGAUUACUUUAAACAUGUCCAAUUCUCCAGUAGUGGGCAUGACUUGGGCUUUGGCAAUGAUUCCAAUCUUUCUCGUCGAGGCAUUUGUAUUGAUUGGGAUUGCACUCAUUGUUAUGGUUUGGUUCAAAUUGGAAUGUAAGGUGGCACGUUCCAAUUCUCAACGUUUUAUUUAUUUGAUAUUUCAUGCAACAUUGGUGGUAGGAAUAGUGUUGUUAAUGAUGCAUCAUGUGAGCAUGUUGCAAAUUCAGGAAAAUGUGACUUUUGGAUUUGCGAGUUUGUUUCUUGUGCCCAUUCCAAUGAUUGUGUUACCAUUGUUGGCAAUUAUAGCGAAUUAUUUAGUGAAACAGCAACAACAAGAAAAUAAGUAUGAUGUCAUGUAA